CUUGCUGGAACAUUAUAGCCUUUCCCCAAUACCCACACUUGCGGUCUUUUCACUUGACCACUUGUCUACUUGCAUGACGUAUUUCCUGUAUUUGGCCCAUAUGUUCAAGUAGCCAUGAAGACUGCAAGUGUGUGUAGAACUUUAUUACCUGAUGGGACACACUUAUAGUGUUGCAAAAAAAAAUGCAAGCGUUUACAGAGCUUUUUUGUUUUAAUUAUUAUUUUCAAUACUCUGCAUUUUAAAAUACACUUCUAAAUGUCUGUUCAGUGGUCGCUAUGUAACUAACAGAAGACAAUUUUAAAACUGUGGUGCUUUUUUAAGUGAUAAAAAGCAGUUGCAAAUGAUGUACAAAAUACACAUAGCCUACUUAUCUUUGCAUCAAUAAAAUACCAAAUUAUAAUGUAGGCUAUUAUAUAAUUAAUUUAACUUACAGUGGAAUGUUUUCAUUGACAUCUCACAAUUUCAGGGCAUGUGAGUUCCCGAACAUAAUGCAUGAUGGGAUAUGCUUAGCCUCAAAUACCGCUCAGAAGCGGUAUUCAAGAUAGUGUGGGUUUUGUGUGCAUUAAGGGGACUGCACUUGGGCCUUUUUAAGACAUGAGACAGUCUUGUGCACUUACUUCCUGUUGCAUGCACAAGCUCUCAAGUGGCCAAGACCACAAGUGUGGGUAUUUGGACAAUAUAUCUCUAAAGAACCCUAACAUGUCUUCUAAGUAAUAGAGUAAUUGCUGACUUUCAGAAGUUUCAGAGCGUGUGUACUCAUUUAUGCUGUGCACUGUAUAUUAUUAUUAUUAUUAUUAUUAUUAUUAUUAUUAAACAGACUUGGUCCACACUUAUGUUACCCAACAGCCUAACCCAGAUAUUAGAAAAUAGAUUCACAUUGUGUAAAACUUUUGAUCUAAAAAAAAAAAAAAAAAGAAAAAGAAAAAUUUAUAUUUCCCAACCAAAACCAAUGGAUGCAUAAAAUCGACUUGUGAAUAAAUAAAACUGGAUGCAUCUUUCAUGUAUUUAUAAAACAAAGUAAAAUUAAAUAACAGCCAGUGUUCCAGUGUGGUUUCUUCCUUCAGAUUAGGCACAUAGCUUCAAACAAACACUUCCUGUAGCUAUUUAUGUGUGUUUCACUCUGCUAUGGCUCACUCCAGCUCAGUGGCAGAUGUAGGCUUUUGAGCAUGAAUUGCAUGUUUCAGGCUAGCCACAAUAUUUCAAUGGGGUUUCCAAAACUUAAACUGUCUCAAUCUAUUCUAAGGCAGAUCUGUUUGUUUCAGAUCCUUGUCUCGCUGCACAAGCCAUCUGUGCUUCAACUUCAGUCCAAAGACAGAUAGCUUUACAUUCUCCUGGAGAACUCUGAUACAGAUCAGAUUUAUAGUUCCUUUAAUGAUAGCCAGGCAUCCAGUUCCUGAAGCAGAAAAGCAUCCGCGUUUAACUGCUGGUAUUAAGUGUUUUUAUAAAAUGAAAGUUAAAACUGAAAGGGAAAGAAAUAAGCGUCUAAUCUGAAUGUUCUUUUUUACUGCUGAACAAUACUUCUAUACGCUACAACAAGGCAUUGUAAAAUCUGACUACAUACCAUGUUAAAAAAAAAUGUGCAUAAACUUCUUGUACAGCAUUGUACCUCAGUUUUUUUUUAUUUGUUUUGUUUUCCAAUUAAUUAAAAGCAGAUUAAAAAAUGCCUUAAAUGUAUUUCCAUAAAUCAGUUUUUCAUUUAGAAUCAUCAUUACACAGUAGCUACUUACGUUUUGUGCAUGCAGCAUUUUCAGGAAGUGACAUGCUCAAAUUCUCAGCUCGCUGCACUUGGACUCAGCAUUGUUCAGCUGCAUCUUCAGUGAUCAGAUGAGAGAUGAAGCUGUUUGAACUGUGUUUCUCUGCUGUGUGGAUGUUGUGCUGCUGCUGCUUUCUAGUGUAUGUUAAAGGUCAUAAUGUGUGUCAACAGAAGCUCAUUUCAAGAGUCAAUUUAUCCACAGAACUGCAGUCUGAAAUCACGCUGCCUUGCCUGUUUGAAGCAGCUCUCUUUGGAUCAAACCUGACCAUGAGUUUAGUUGCUGUCUGGGCUCAGAUUAAUACAACAGUUGAAUACAUUGUAGAGAUCAACGUAAAUGGUCUGGAAAGCUUCUGGAAUAACAGAAAUGGUAGAAUUCAAGCAUUUCGUGAUCGCUCUGGCUCUGGAAACUUCUCCAUCCUGAUCAGUAAUGUGCAGUGCUCUGAUCUUGGUCUCUACCACUGUGAACUGUUCAGAGAGACUAACUGUUCUCUGGGCUAUAGACAGAUCAGUCUCAGUCUUGCUGAGUUUUCACAGCUUAACUGGCAGCUCAUAGUUGCAGGAGGAGGAGGAUUUCUGCUUCUCUGUCUGAUCACUGUGUGUGUUUACUACACAUGGACGAAACGACAAACAGUCAAUGCAACAAUCGAGCACGGAUCACGCAAUUGCCAUGAUAGCUAUGGAGAAACAGUUGAUGAAAUAACCUAUGCAUCAGUUACUCAUAAGCCACACAACUGCCAUGACAGUAAAGGAGAAACAGGUGAUGAAAUAACCUAUGCAUCAGUUUCUCAUAAGCCACAUAACUGCCAUGACAGUGAAGUUCAUGUGAAUAGCAAGCCCAUAAAAGGCUCUGCUUCAGAACACGUCAACUCAGAGACCGUCCUUUACGCUUCUGUCAAGAAGAGAGACAAAACAUGAGCAAGUGAGCAGCAAAACAUCCAAAUGAAAGAGAUUUUUUUUGAUAACCCCUACUCUGUAUUCAGAUCUGUAGGUUUUUCUUUGCAUCCCGAGUGCUCUGAGAAGCUGACCAGUCAUGGCACCAAUCCACCAGAGCUUGUACAGUCUAACUUCUGAUCUGUUCUUAAGUGGGAAUUUAUGUAUUGUAUGUCAAUGUUAACACAAAUACUUUUAUGUCUUGUGAUGGUUUUAAAAGUAUUAGAGACACAAAUCAUAUUUUUAACUAUAUUUAAUUUAAAUAACCAAAAUGUAAUAUGUAGAAGACCCUAGAAGUAACAUCAUUUGCACCUUUUCUGCAGCACCAGGGGAACAAAAGUUAAAAAGUAAUCAAACAAAUAUUAAUUUAUGGGCAAAAUAAGUAUGUCAAUAACUAUCUAUAUUUGUGGAAAUAGUCUAAUGUUUGUCAGUUGUGUAAAUCUGCUUUGUUUUUAUAUUUUCUCUUAAUUUGAAAGUCAAUCUCUUGGCUGCGUGAGGCUGUGAAUUGUGACUGAAGUCUGAGGAGGAAGGUGUGAAGGUGUGAAACUGAAUUGAGCUACUUUAUCACCUAAACCACUGAAAUUCUUUGCACAAACAGACAGGACCACAGAUGCAACAGCAGAGCAGGAUAAACAAGACUGUGCAGGAGCCAUAACUGUCAUCCUGAUAAUGAAUCGUGUUACAGAUUACACAAUGUGGGAUGUACAAAAAUACUGAAGGUCACGAUGCUUACAAGAAACCAAAGUGGAAAUUUCAAUUUCCAUGAAGAACUACUUCUAAUUUCUAAAAAAAAAAUUAGAAGUAUUGUUUUGUGUUCUGUUAAGUAGGCUGGGAUACACUACACGACUUUUGCUCAGAUAUUUGCCCCAAUUUGCAGUCUGGACGAAUCGACAAUAGUUGCCAAAAGUCUGCAGAUUCAGCGAGCUUCAGACAAUGAUUAUAUCCAGUCGGAGGAUAUCAAAACAUGUUUGAUAUUUUAAGCCUAUUAUGAAUUUUAAGCCGUUUAGAAGUAGAGCACAUAUCGUGUAUGAAGUGUUGCUACUAAAUACAGUACAAUACAGUAUUCACAUACGCUGACAAGCCAAUGAAAAUCAAUGGAGAAUGGUGGCAAUCGCAUCAGAGCUAAAACCAACCAUGUAAGUAACGUCACUGUACUGUUAGCUUCGUCUUGAGAUAGUUAGCAAACCACUUUCUGAGGUAAAUCUUGAUUCAUUCAUUGUAAUGCUAAUAUUCAUCAUCAUCCAGGACUCGACAACGCUUGUCCGGGAUAAGUAGAUACAUGCCUAAACGCCAAUAGCUGCGAAUGAUUGAUUACAUUAAAUGUAAAGGGCGACUGAUAAUGGAAUAAUAUAUUGACGGUAACAAGGUAGAUAAAACAACUGACUGCCACUCACCUCUAACAUCUGUUGUAAUCUGUGGAGUCCAUACUGACCGCGUUUACCCUCCCAAGGCCGAAUCCAAAUGCACUUGGCUCGUCGUUUUUCAACUAGGCCUACUAGCCUCACGGUCAUCCUCUGCAAAUCUGUAGUGUGUCUCUUAGCACCAAAGCGCAUGUUUCUGUGUGAGUUUGUUGGGGGUAAGUUGUCACACUUUUCACACUGUCUAACAUUUACUGGGCACCAUACAUCACAAUGGUAUAAAUGUCAUACCAAAUGAAAGAAGGAAGUCUAUGGGCACAUAUGUUGUAUUCAUUACAUUUUCAUAUCUUAUCUCAUUAGCCUAUGGAGUUGUAGACUGUUGAACAGAGAAUGUGCACUUGCACCAUCGGCGGGUAAAUCGUCACACUAGAUUAUCUAAAAAUAAGAACGCAACUACUUAAUUGUUAUUAUUGAUUUCAAUUUUUAAAUUCAAACCAGAACUGGAAAUAUAAACAAUCAUGCCUAGAGAAUUUGGAAAAACAAUUAUUUCAAUCCAAACAAUACACAUUUCAUUCAAAACACAUUAAGUGGCCAAACCACUUUACUUUGAACUUUAAACUCAAGCUUUCUCUGGCUUGUACAUAGAUCCAUGAUAACUGAAUGGAAUACUGUGGAAAACUUAACAUGUUUAAUGUCUGAACAUAACUGACUUAACAUGUUGAACCUCUUUUUUGAGCAUGUUCUCUGUGUUUAUUUGUACUGGGGCAAGUUGUCACAUGUGACGACUUGCCCCAAAGUCAUUGAGACAACUUGCCCCAAACUGACAUGUGUGCUAAUGUUGGCUAAAUCUCAAGGUGAGCUCAACAUAGCACGUCAGCUAAAGUAUCAAAAGACACGUUAUUGUCUCCUCUAUGUUGUGCAAAAUAAUAAUUUUUAACAUUCAUAUCUAACAAAGUUGUAUUGCAUAAAAUUUAAAGUGCAAAUUUUUUACUUUUUAAGCCAAAAUAUCAGAAAAUUGUGCUAACCUCAGAUUAGAGAGAUCUUGACCACAUGUGAACAGGAAGUUGACUAUAGAAGAAGAAGUCACACAAAGUGGCUAUUUGAUUUUUGAGAUAGAGCCUCUAGUUUUGGAGUUAUGAAGAGUGUGAUAACUUACCCCGCUCUCCCCUAUGAUCCUCAGUCGCUUAGUGUACGAUGCCCAGUUUUUCUCUGUAACCAUUUAUAAAUUAGCAAGUGUAUGAUGCCUAGUGUAUUAAAAUAUGUUCAGAAUUUAA